AUGGUUCUUGGUUCUCGUCUCGCGAGCCUUGCGGGACUCGGGUUGCUCGCCACUGGCAUCUCCGCCGCUGUGCUUCCCCGUUCCCAGCAACCAUGCCCGCACUACGAGCCCGAGGGCGAGCUCCUGGACGAAUACAUCGUCGAGUUCCACAAUGACCACACACUUGAGGACCACUUCAAGACUAUCGGCAAAGAUCUCCGCCAUGAACCCGAUGUCCACCGCUUCGGCUACCUAGACAUGUUGCACAUGUACCGUGCCGCGUUGAGCGAGGAGUUUGUCCACAACUUUGUCAGGUACGACCCCGGUGUCAAGUCCGUCGAGCGCAGCGUCACCGUCGACUUGGCUCACUCGAUCAACGACACCGAGGUGGCUGAGCCUCGCAAGGGACCGCACCACUUGCAACAGCUGGCUGCCGGCAACAAGAUCUCGCUCAGCAACCAGGACGAGAAGUACAAGGUUCUACACGGCGCGGGCGAGGGCGUGGAUGUGUACGUCCUCGACUCGGGCAUCAGAAUCACGCACAAAUUCUUUGGCGGACGAGCAUCUCAUUUUUCGCAGAGCCUCGGCCAUUCUCCUUACACCUUGAGCGAUUCACCCCUCGAUGACACCGAUGGCCACGGUACCCACGUCGCAGGUCUGGUGGGCGCCAGCUAUGCAGGCGUGGCUCCCUGGUCUAACCUUGUCAGCGUCAAGGUCGGCUGCUACCAAGGCGGCUGUAAGGGACACACGGGCGGCAUCGUUGAGGCCAUUAACGCCGUAACGAAGCGGCACAACGAGAACAAGGCCAAUAAGCCGGACAAGUGGAAGGGAUCGGUCAUCAACAUGUCCUUUGUCGCUACUGCCAAAAGCAACGUGCUCAACAAGGCCAUCGACAGGGCAUAUGAUGCGGGUAUCCCAUUUGCCGUCGCCGGAGGCAACAAGCCUGCCGAUGAUAAGACCAAGGCCACUGGAACUCUAUGUGAGUCUCAGAACACAAUCUGUGUCGGUGGUGUAGACAAGGAUUACAACAAGGGCUGGUUCAGUCGUGACGGCAAGUUCAUUGAUAUCUGGGCUCCCGGAAGUGAAAUCGUCUCACUUGCUCUCGACGGUCGGACCAUGAUGAGGACGGGUAGCAGCAUGUCUUCAGGUCAGGUCGCCGGCAUCAUGGCUCUCAUUGUUGGUUACGAGGGAAUCUCGGACAAUGCUCGUCUCGUCUACGACCGUCUCAAGGCCAACCAGCUCUCAGGCAUCGUAGGCAAGCUCAGCAACCCAUGGUUCUUUGGCGAGAAGGAGAACAACUUCUUCGCUCAGACAGGCGCCGGAUCCAGAAACGUCAAUGAGCAGCCCUACACCGGUCCAUCUAAAGAUCUCGAUCGUUUGAUUGCCCCCAUCGAUGUCUUUCGCAAGAGGCAAGAAAGCGAACUGCAAGUCGACGUCGGCAACGGCCAGGCCAUCAAGUUCCCCGAGAGCGAUUUCUGGAAAACUACUGAGGUUAUUGACGAGAACCCCAACGACGAAAUCGCUGCCGUUGCCGUGCAGGAGUUCAAACUUGAUACCAGCAACCCUGGUGUUGACACUGAGCCCGCCCAGGCGGAGUUCGAGGACGAUUCCGCUCCCGAGGAGGAGCCUAGCUCUAACAGCCCAUCAGAUUCACCCAUCGAGCAAGAUACGGUCAACGGCAAGCCCGUCUGCCAGGGUAACCAGGUCUUCGGUGACUGCGUCGCUGGCAAGCUGCCAAACAGGGGAGAUUUUGCCGGCCAGUACGGCCCCGUUUGCGUGAAGGCCGACGGCGAGCAGGGCUCAAAGCCCCGCCUCAAUGAGCAGGAGCUCAACAAGGCCGCUGCAACCUACUGCCAGAGCCUCAUCGACAAGAGAUGGCUCUUCAAGGAGGGUGCCCCCAACCCCAGCCCGAUGGUCGCGACCGGCGUCGCAGAGAACGGAGCUUCUAUGGCCCUGUCCAUCAUGUACCACAAGCCCGGCUGCCCUGAGGACAAGUCUAUGAGCGAGAAUGACUUUGGCAACAUGAAGCUCGAAGACUGUGUGACCUACCUCUCGCAGAGCUUUAGCGUGACCUGCGGGAUCGGAGCGACAUGGGCCAACUAUAACAAGGACUUUCAGGUCAUGGGUGGUGUCUUGGCUAAGGACUGUCUUAUGUGGACUGUGUACGGACAGUAG